AUGGCUCCACUGCCUUACGAAGGAGAGCCUAUAGCAGAUGAUGUUUGGCUUGCCAACUACAAAGGGCAAAAACGAAAGCAAGACGCAAAGAAAUGGAAGGUCGUUUGGAGCAACCUGAUUCUGUGCAUAUAUGGUAAGUGACACGAAAAAUGUAAAACAAAGAACAUUUCUCAAGCGAAUACUAUAUCACUACAGUCUAUUUAUACAAAUUCCUUUUACAAUUUUUGUUAAGUGUAAAUGUGGUAAUUGUAGCACCAAAUUGUUGCAAAAUAGUAAAGAAGCACAGUGCUGUAUGAAGAUAGAUGGCUGUGUUGAGCCAUAAACAGCGAUCAAGUCCUCAGCGAAGCAGAUAGUCCACCAAGUUGUGUGACAUUUCAUCCUGGGCUUAACCCUGUUUGUUUAGAAACCUGGUCACUUCGCCAAGCAGGACGAAAGUAUCGAAAGACUGACAGGACUAAGUACCAUAAGUCAGAUUCAGAGAACAGGUAAGAUAGAGAAUAUUCUUGGGCAUUUCACGGUAGUGAAUACUUGAGUUUUAUUUACCAAUUGUCCAAAAAAAAUUAACAUUAUGUUGGAGUUAUGGUUGGCAAUUCAUUAAGGUGGAUUUCCAGUCCUCACACGAAGCUCCUCACAGCUCGCUGUGAUUGCUUGCAUUUAAUUAGCAUUGUGAUUGGAUGAAAGUGCUCAUACAUGCACUCGCAGCGAAGCUGCAAGGAGCUUCAUGCGAGGACUGGAAAUCCGCCUUUAUUUGAUAAACAAAGCAGUGGUGGAUGAAGCAAGGGUUGUGUGUCGUCCCCCCCCCAAAAAAAAAUAUUACGUCGGACACUUGUGUCACUGAUCUUUGUUCAUUUGUUAGAAUGGCACUCUAGCAAACGCUGUUUUGUAUCCUUGAAAACUUAACUGGUGAAUUAAUCUUUUGCCCCAUCUCCCUCAAGAGCUUCCUAGUGACUUUGGUGACCCAUUGUGCACACUCCACAAUAAUUACGUUGUUUCCAUACAUUUCUUUACAUUAAUAGUAUUCAUGAAGUGCCUUUGACUUUCCAUUAUAGAUAUCUUUGUGCAGUUUCAUACAGGGAAUUUACAUACCUGGUUUACGGAUACCUGGGACAUCGGAGAUAUCCACUACCUGCAUGUGCAUAUCAUGCAAUUAGAAAAACUUUUUUGGAGCACAAAGAUUCUAAAUGUGCAGGUUAUGAUGAUGGACAAUAG